AUGUCUGAAUUGCGUUUGUUUGUUCCGGAAGAUGAUUCAGACGAUGAGAACUUGCAACAAGAACUAUCUAGACAGGAGGAAGCUAUUAUUGGAAGCAGCAUCAAAGAGACAUCUACACUUGAGGCGAUUAAAGGUGAAAAUGAGGAUGCGAUGCAAUCUGUCGAUGAGAUACGAGAGGAAGAUGAGGACGAGUCUCCAUUGUAUCCCUUAAUACCUAUUGAUGAAGACGAAGGUUCUGAUUUAAAGCCAAAAAUCAAAGAUAUACGACCUGUGGACAUAUUCGUGAGUUUGCCCUUACCAUUUCAACAGAAAGUGGUUGAAAGUUGUCUGGUCUCGGAUGACCCAUUGGUUAUUAUGGGGAAAGGCCUAGGUAUGGCUAAUGUUGUUGCAAAUUUGACACAUGUCUUGGCAACCCCCACAAUAAUUGACGGCCAGAUAAAGAGGUCGUUGGUCAUAAUACUUAAUGCCACUGCGAAUGACAACCGUCAAAUUGGUGAAGAGUUGAGGGAAUUGUCUUGGCUGAGUAGCAAUAACGUCGAUGAUGCUACUGGCUUUCGCGAACAAAAUGAAGAUGCAGAAGAUAGACCUUUCAAUGUUGUUACAGCAGAAUCUUCAAGUGUUGAAAAGAGAAGAAAAUUGUACUUAUCGGGUGGAACUGUCAGUGUUACAUCUAGAAUUCUCAUUGUCGAUCUCUUGUCGGGUAUUCUACAUCCUAACAAAAUUACUGGUAUGAUAGUCUUGAAUGUGGAAUCACUUAGAAGUUACUCCAACGAAUCUUUCAUAUUGGAAAUAUAUAGGUCUCAAAACAAAUGGGGGUUUAUCAAGGGAUUCUCUGAAUCACCAGAGCCAUUCACAAUGGAGUUUUCGCCACUAAUGAGGAGAAUGAGAGAACUUAGAUUCAAAAAUAUUCUACUGUGGCCUCGAUUCCGUGUAGAAGUCUCAAAUACUCUAAAUCCUGUUGCUCAGCAAUCUAACAAAGUUAUAGAAGUAAAAGUCUCUUUAACUGAUUCAAUGGCUCAAAUUCAAUUUGGGCUUAUGGAGUGUCUAAAAAAAUGCAUUGGAGAAUUGAAUCGUAAGAAUCCUGGACUGUCUUUGGAAUGGUGGGACAUUAACAAUGUUCUAGACAAAUACUUCCUGAAAUCCAUCGAUUCUGUAAUGAUGCCAAAUUGGCAUAGAAUAUCCUUUGAAUCAAAACAACUGGUGAAAGACAUCAGAUUUUUGAAAAGACUUUUAAAACUUCUGAUUAAGGCAGAUGCUGUUGACUUUUAUGAGGAAAUUCAACUAAGCUUGGAUGCGAAUAAACCUUCCAUUACACACAAAUACACUGAAUCUCCCUGGCUCAUGGCAGAGGAGUCACAGCUCGUUAUUUCUCAUGCAAGGAAAAGAAUAUAUUACAAAGAUGAAUAUAUCCUGGAAGAAGCUCCAAAAUGGGAGCAACUCGUGAGAAUUUUAGAUGAUAUUUCGCAUCAAAGGUUAACAAAAGGAUUUUCAGGUCCAACUUGCAUUGUUUGCUCAGAAAAAUCUACAGCUGCCCAAUUGACAAAAAUAGUGCAUUCUGCUGAUAAAAAGGAUGGCUUUAGAAAGAAUAUGUUGAAAAAACUGAAACUCUAUAAAGAUAGAAGAGAAGCAAGUAAACAAUUGGUAAAACAGGUAAAAGAGAAAGAUUCAGAUUCUUUACAACGGGAACUAAACGUUAGUACUACAUUUGCAAAGGAACAACCGAUUACAAAGAGAAGGAGAACUAGAGGAGCUGCAGCUGUUGCAGCUGUCGAGAGACUAAGGAGUUCAGGAGGCGGUGAAGACAUCGAGUCAGUAAUUGAUUCCUAUAAUCCGGAGCAAGAACUCGGUAGGACACGGAACGAUGGAUAUGAGGAAGAUGGUGACUCCUUUGAAGAGCCAGAUGACGAACUUUUGAUUACUGACAUUAUUGAUUCACAGGACACCGAACUGUAUCUAGAGCAGAAAUAUAUUGUUGAACCUGAAGAACAGGAAUAUUACAAAACAACACCAUCAUUUACUUCUGGCCUAACAGAAGAUAUAUGGAAUGAGAGAAUUGACAAUUUUAGUUAUGUCGAAAGAAAUGAGCAGGUUAUUAUCGAGACUUUUGGAAAUAUUAUUGAUGAUUCUUUUCUUCAGGAAACCAUGCCCUCAUAUAUUAUAAUGUUCGAACCAGAUUUAUCCUUUAUAAGAAAAGUGGAACUUUACAGGGCGAUACAAAAAGAGAAUCCACCUAAGAUUUUUUUCAUGUACUAUGGAGAAAGUGUAGAGGAACAGGGUCACCUUCUUGCCAUUAAAAGGGAAAAGGAUGCCUUUACAAAACUAAUAAAAGAAAAUGCUCAAUUAGCUAGCCAUUUUGAAGCAGAAGAGGACUUAUCUCACUUCAAGAAUUUAGCAGAAAGAAAAAUGAAGUUGAACAAGCUUCGUCGAACAAAUACAAGGAAUGCAGGUGGGCAAAAGGGUUAUCAGCAUUUUACUCAGGAUGUGGUAAUUGUGGAUUCACGUGAAUUCAACGCAACAUUACCAGGACUUCUAUUCAGGUACGGUGUAAGGGUAAUACCAUGCAUGCUAUCUGUUGGUGACUAUAUUAUAAGCCCAGAUAUCUGUAUAGAAAGAAAGUCCAUAGCCGAUUUGAUUGGUUCUCUGCAAAAUAAUAGAUUGGCAGUACAAUGCAAAAAAAUGGUACAAUACUAUAAGUACGCAACGCUAUUAAUUGAAUUCGACGAAAAUCAAUCUUUCUCAUUGGAGCCAUUCAGUGAAAGGCGCAAUUAUAGAAAACAAGAUAUCUCGACAACACACCCGAUAUCGAGCAAACUUUCUCAGGAUGAAAUUCAACGAAAGUUAUCGAGACUAGUCAUGAAAUUUCCAACUCUAAAAAUUAUAUGGUCCUCUUCACCAUUACAGAGUGUUAAUAUCAUUUUAGAGCUAAAGUUGGGCAGAGAUCAGCCAGAUCCAAAUUUAGCGGUUUCAUACGGUACCCAUUUGAGAAAGAAUUUCAAACAAAAGCCUGACAAUAAGAAGAAAACAAGUAAUGACGAAGCAUUUUCAACUAUAAUGAAUAUCCCAGGAAUUUCUAAAAUAGAUUAUUUCAAUAUUCGAAAAAAAAUUAAAUCAUAUUCUGUCCUAACCAAAAUGAAUGUCAUGGAGUUGAAUGAUGUCUUGGGAGAUUACGAAACCUCUGUUAAAGUUCAUGAUUUUUUGCGAAAAGAUGAAGAAGAAGAGGAACAUGACGAUAGCGACUAG